AUGACAAGUAAUACUGAGAAUCUAAGAGUUUUUGGACAAAGUUCAGGAGGAACAGCAACAUUUGCCUUGCUUGCGUCACCUCAGUGUAAAGGUCUUGUCCAUAAAGCAUGGCUUUUAUCAGCUUCACCUGUGUUAAACAAAACCGCAUCAGAAGCUAAUGUUGACAACGAAGUUUUUCUUGCAAACGCAAAUUGUUCUGACAUUGACUGUAUAUACGCACUGUCGUCUGCGGAAGUGACGUAUGCGGUUCCGUGGAUGACAUGUAUAUGUAAUGUUGAAGCACCGUUUGAUGCAUGGGCGAACGGACACAUUAUUGAUGUACCUUUACUCAUUGUAUGGGAUAUCCGAUCUAACUGUCCAAAUGACGUCAUGAGCAUGUAUGCAGCGUCCACUUUUAGUUCUCCGGUUUAUCGUUACGUAGUUACAUCGAAACCGUCCGUUCCAAUUCACCCUGUUGGAAUACCCUUUCCAGCACGUUACGCCAUGCAUAUGUGGGAUGUAUUUGCUUUCUUUGGCUUUAUACCUGACUACAUAAAACAUCCUACAGAUAGUGAAAUUCAAUGGCAACGUAAUGUUCAAAACGAGGUUCUAGAAUUGGUACGCACCGGAAAACAUUUUACGUCAUCAUGGAAGCCGUAUCCAGCAUCUACAGCAAAUUUAUCUGAGGUCACAGAAGCAAUAUCAGCUUACAACCCCGUACAAUGCGCAUUGUGGCUGUAG